AUGACCAUCGAUCAAGUUGCUCAACUGCGUCUCAAUGUCGAGUCUCGUGAGCGCAUCCCAGGUAGUCCAUUAGUUCCAGGUGGAAUUACAUGGUCUGAAGACGGUCGUCUCGCUGUUGUAUCCGAUACCAGCAUUCUCGUCGCUACUUUUCGCAGUUGUGAGCUUGAGAUGUUCCAACCAAAAGGUCCUGCAGUCUCCAAAGACUUUGUAUUUCUUCCAGAACACACUAGAGACGAGCACGUUCCAGUGACAAUUCCACCAGUCAUGGAAUCACUUGAUGCUGGACUUCCUCGUGCCACCGCCACGUAUUUUUUGCUCAAUGAAAGCGACCGUCAUCAACAUAACCCCAAGGAGUUGUCAUUGUCCAAGAAUGGAGGCAGAGCGUUCAUUGCUGCAGAAUGGGGUCCUCGAGGCUCUGCACCAAGCUCUUCAUGUGCUCUAUUAGCACUGACAGCAGCGUCUAGAGUGACGCUGCACUUUCCUCCCAGUUUUCACAUGAACUGGAAGGAAGUCGCAGUAUUUUCCGAAAAGUUGUUCGAGUUUUUGGAGACAAAGAACUUUCAACUCGGGUCGUCGCAUCGCAAUGAAUGUAAUCAAGCGCCAUCAAGUAUGGCCGUGGCAGGACCACGUAGAGAAAAGGAGAGGAAGAAGACGAACAAGAAGAGGAAACCAGACUCGGAUGAGGGACAUCAUGCCUUAAACUCUAUUGUCGAGUAUACUCACAGGUGUGCUAUGAUGUCAACGCUGACGAUCGCGUGGUCGCCGUUUAUGGUCACACUAGAUAAGCAGAGCACAACAUCGCUUAUAGCACUAUCGGGACGUAAAGUAUGUACCAUUUGGGCAUAUGCAUAUCCAUCGUUCGAAGUGGGACAGCUCAUGCAGCCUUUUCUUUUGUCGGCCCCGGUUGCGUGGAUAGAUACGGAGAAAUAUGGUUGGGUUUCUACGAGCACAUGGCAGCAAAUGCAUCGAUAUGGGACAGCCUAUGUAACACGACAAGACCUUGGGUUGGCAUUAGGAACGUCGGAAGGUAACGUGCUGAUUGCUACCGUCCCGGUGAGGACGACUGCGCCCGAUUGCUUGCCUCAGGAGUUGGCUGUCGAUCGAAUUAUCGUGGCACCGCACUCUCAGCCAAUCUUCGGUCUUUGUAUGGGAAGCCGUCGGACGUACUCAAACAGUCCAACAAAUGAUUUGGUUGUCGCAUCAGGGUCAACAAUAUCUGUUUGGAAUUUAAAGAAGAAGAAGCAAGUACAGCCAAACGCAAAGUGGAAGGCGCACGAUGGUAAUUUGACUGGUAUUGAUAUGAACUACUUUGGUGAUACAAUUUUUUCUGCUGCAGUGGAUGGUACGAUCAAAGUAUGGGAGAAAAGCACUGGUAAAUUGUUAUACUCCAGCGAUGCAACUUCUGUCGAUUCAUCGGACAAAAGUGACACUACGUCCGUUGAAUCCGACACUGGUAAAUACCCCGUGUUUGGUUUGGUGAUGUCACCCAGCUCUGCCCAGCUAGCGUGCGUGUUCGUGAUUCCUCCAGCUUCCCGACCCAAUCGCAAAUCGCAGGCUGACGUUUCUUAUAGCCGUGUGUCGAGCUCACUCGAGUACAUUCCAUCACCGUGGGUGAAAAACACGGACCACUUCGUAGAUGUUGUGUGUCGCAUACUACGCGAGUGUGAGUCGGUGGGUAGCUUCAUGGAUGUAGUGUGGUUAUGCUAUAAUGACAAUGCGGCGCUGAUGUCGCUUAAUGGGGCGGCUAACUUGAUCAUUCCUAAUGUAUUACGUAAAAUUGGGAAUGCAAACGGCGAGGCGAGUGACAGCGAGGUGCUAGCGCGCCAACCGAUGUAUCUACAUCUCUGUGAGGAGCUUGAGAACCGCUACUAUAAGUCUGCUCAAGAGGUCGACUCGACAAAAAAUCAUUUCCGACCUCCCAUUCCGCUUUUCCUACAGGCUUCAUUACUGCUUCGCAGUGCAAUCACACCGGCAGAUCAUCAAGUAGCGGCUCAAACUGCAGUGAUGGCGAAGAUGAGGCGUACAUUGGGUGUGUAUUGGGCGGAGCGUUGUUUGACCGCACUGGUCAGUGCAUCGAUAAAGGAAAACAAGGCGCUUUGCGACUACAUUGCGAACUCGUUGUCUGAGAAGAAGAGUGCAUUGGCAAUGGCUGAUUUCCUCAGUGCUCAGUCUCCGCUGACGCACCGCAGUGAAGCUCUCGUUACGCAUAUUUACGGUCAAUUGGACUCGACGGAAAACAUCAGAUCAUGGAUUGCGUAUGUGAAAGCAAAAGCAACUACGAAUGGUAAGGACGAGACUGCUGCUGAAGUGUCAGAUAAUCCCGCUGCAAUGUAUACACCACCAUCACGAGAGAUAUGCUUCAUUUGCGAGAAGAGUGUGCCAUUUGGAGAAUUGGAGAUUGUGUGUGAGUCUGGUCAUACUCUGGAGAGGUGCUUUCUCUCAUUCCGUUGCAUUUUUGCCAUGGAAGUGUGGAAGUGUAUGGGAUGCGGAGCUUCAGCGUCUGAAAUUGAUUGUUCAAGCGGCACGCUGCCAUUUUAUUUAUUGAAUGUCGAGCAUGAUGAUGACGAUGAAGCCACUGUCGUGAGUACUGCAAAGAUUAUUUGCCGCCUAUGCGCUCAACAUCUACCUCGUAUUCUUCGCGUCAACGGUCCUGUUCAUGCAGAACACCGCUCCGUUUUGCUGGCGCCCAAGUUCUGCGUCCAGUAG